GCUACACAGAUUAGCUCCCAAUUCAUCUGAUCCAGUUAAUCGACUAAUUGAAAAAGCCCUUCCUGAGAUGAAAUUGAUGUGUUAAAGCAGGUUAAAACGCUCAAAUGUGCAGGGGGUACUCCAGGACUAGGAUAGGCGACCUGUGCAUUGACAUAGGCUAUUACAAUAUGACAUAAAUAAAACUAAAAUCCUAGAACUACUAUCCUAUAUAAGUGCAUUCUAAUAGACAUUUACAUUUAUUCAUUUAGCAGACGCUUUUAUCCAAAGCGACUUACAAAUGAGAAAAGACAAGCAAAUAGACAUUAAAUAAUGAUGCAACCUACAAAAGUCAAUACUCAAUACUCUUGCUUCAUUUCCUGUAGUUUGUAUUCUAACUUUUGUGUGGAAAGCGCCUGAUCAGUUCCUGCGCGCGCACUAGCUUGUUUUCCGCGAGAUUUGCCAGGCAAACACAAGCGGCACCUGAGAGCGCGCGCGUCUCCCCAGUGCGCGUCUCCGCCAAUCGCCUGUCAGUGUUCCUCGUUUUGACUCCGCCCCUUGCUCUCUGAUUGAAGUUUUCUUCGUCCGUCUGCCUCGCGCAAAUCCACUUUCACGCUCGUGGUGUGCGAACAGAUAUUUUGAGCGAAAGAGCAGCUUGGGUUUUUUUUUUCUUUUCCCACAGAGAAAUGCACAUGAUGGGCGCCGCCGUCCCGGUUCGGAUUAUUUUGGCGCUGAUUUGCGGAGUUGCGCUGGGGAGGAAACAGGACUCGUCCUCGGAUCUCAGCGGCAUUUUUCGCGCAAGGUGCGCCGCCAGGUGCCUCAGCCUUCACAGCGCGCGCAUCGCUCACGCGCCGACCCACUUUCAGAGUAAUGGAUCCCUGGGCUGGUGUCAAGGCCAUAAGCAAUGCGCAAAGUGCCUGGAGCCGUGCAAAGAAUCUUGGGAACAGAGGGACGGACCCUGUCGAGCGCCAUGCGAGCACGCGUUUGCCAAGCGUCAUGGCGAGUGCGUGACAAGCUGUGAGUUCCUGCGUUCUGUAAUGGUGCUGAAACAGGGCGAAUGUCCGGCUCCAGAACGAGCCAGCGGAUUCGCAGCCGCCUGUGUGGAGAGCUGUGAGGAGGACAACGAGUGCCCGGGACACAAAAAGUGCUGCGCCAAUGGCUGUGGGCACACGUGCCAACCACCCAGAAACCUCUACAGAGGUGCUCCACUGAAGCCCAGGAAGGAGCUAGUGUUUGAGGAGAUGCCGUCUGGUGUGUUAGAGGUGCGCUGGUCCUCCAAGUUCAACGUGUCGGCUGAGCCAGUGCUGAACGUGCUGCAGAGGCGCUGGAACUAUGGCAUCCACCCAAGCGAGGACGGCGCGACUGAUUGGGAAGUGGUAGCGCAGACCUCAGAGGAGCGUGUCUGGCUGGCUGAUAUACGCCCAGGUCGUUGGUACCAGUUCAGAGUAGCAGCAGUCAACGUACACGGAACAAGAGGAUACACCACCCCCAGCAGACACUUCAGAGCCUCUAAAGAUCCGUCCCCACCCCCAGAGCCCUCUGACCUACAGGUCAGUCACGUGACCUUUGGAUCGGACAGGUCAGUAUCGGUGCGUGUGAGCUGGGUGUCUCCAGCAGACCCAGAUGUCCCGGUGCACCACUACAAACUGUCCUGGAGCAUGAUGCUCAGUGAAGGAGGGUACACGAUGGCAUCCAAACUCAAGAAGAGAAAGACUAUCAGUGGGGAUUCUGACUCGGUGGAGCUGGAGGGUUUGAGGGAGGACAGGAGUUACACAGUGGAGCUCCAGUCCGUGUCAUAUUGGGAGCAGCUUCCUCUCAAGAGUUCCAAGGCUAUCCUGCGCUUCUCAACACAGCAAACAAAAACCGAAACCACAGCCAGCCCUGUGCUUCAGAAAGGUCAGUCGGACCUUCUGGAUGUGGGCACGCCGUUCUACCAGGACGGACAGCUCCAGGUUCGAGUCUACUGGAAGAAACGAGACCCGAACGCGAGUCGUUACCGCGUGCAGUGGUUCCCAGAGAUUUGUUCUCAUAAUGGAACCCGAGUCCAAGAGAAGCUCAUUACACAGGAGAAUUACGCCAGCUUACCUAGUCUACAGUUUUCCUGCAAGUAUAAAGUGAUCAUCCAGGCUGUUGGGUCCAAGAGCCGAGCACAGGCAGAGAGCACCACUUUCUUCACCCCACCAUGUGCAGCCAUUCAAGGGAAGAGCUCCAAACCCAUUACAUGCCCUGGAGAUCCUGUUGCUCCUGCAAAAGUCCAGGCAAGGGCAGAGAACCUCACUGCAGCCUUCUCGGUGCAUGACAGCAACGUGACGGCUUUGUUCUCAUGGGUGGUAGCCGUAACGCGACCCCCUCAGCAGGUCACGGGUUACCAAGUCACCUGGGCGGACGUCACAGCUGAGAGACCCAAAACCAACCAGGCCAACAGCCUCAUCUCUCAGUCUCAGAUCCUCCCUCCAGAAAGAAAAGUUCUGGUUGUCUCCGGCUUGCAGAUGGCAUCUCUGUACAGGCUGGAGGUGGGAGUGAUCACCGCUGGAGGUCAGGGCCCGACAACAUUCAGAACUUUCCAGACUCCAGGCCAUGCCAGGCCUGUCCUACACUACAAACCCAAGGUGAAAAAGCACCAUUUGAGGUCAGUCAUUGAACAGCACUGAAGCUCACACUGGAACGUACCAUCUUAAACCCCCCCUGAACCCAGCUCCUCAGGAACACAAAGAACAGAAAGAACCAAAGAACAUUGAGCAGAUCAUUCACUGAGAGGAUCAGAAAACAUCUGGCUCUGGGAGAGUCAGGAGAAGGAAAUUGUGAAAGCGAUUACUCGAUCCCAGACGUUCUCGACGAAGGAUUUCCAUCCACCAGAGAGCCAGAAAGAAGAAAAAGGAAGGAUGGUGAUGAAAACAAAACACAGCAACUGGGGGGGAAAAAAAAUUGUAACGUAAUGAUCAUAAAUGGAUAUGCAACUACAACCUGAGUGAGUUUUGCAUUGUUUUUGUUUGUUUGUUUGUUUGAAAAAUUAUCCCUUGUUAUGUUCCCUUUCUUUCAAUGGCACUUAACCGACAAAGCAGACUGACUGUUAACCUUCAGCCCUGCAUAACCUGUGUUUAAAAAAAAAAAAAAAAAAAGUGUCUGCAAGUCCCGUGUUGCAUGUGGUGAGAAGUUUUGCUUUGACCCAUAAAUAAAGUUAACUCGUAAAGUGGUGUGCGACUGCAUGUUAUAUUUACCCCCCCAUCAUGACUCCCUGAUUUGUGGGCAUGCACCUUUUACUAUGUGUCAAAUUACAGUUAUACAAAUUGCGAUUCAUAUUCACUGUGCUGAUUAUCAAUUCUGUGUGAGUUCCUUGUAAGUGCAAUAGGGUUGUUACGGUUUCAUUGUUCACAAUGUAUAUUUUUCAAAAUAUUGUUUAAAAUAAGAAUAUUUUUUUUUGGGGGGGGGCGGGCUCAGUGCACCACUUCUCCUUGCAGCCUUUCAUUUUAUGACAACGUGAUAAAUACGGAUAUUUGAGACACUUGUACAAAUAGUUCCUUUCCAUUCUCAUCACCGGCUUGCGUUUAGUGUUAAAAUACUCGAUUAGUGCCGUGUAGGGCUGGGCGAUAUGACAAAAAUAUCAUAUCACGAUACUUAAGGACAUUUCUCCGAUCCAUUCAGUUCUAUUUAAUUUCUAAUUAUUAAAAACGUAAAAAAAAAAAAACAUACUGACGAUAUCUCAGAAAAUUGUUUCACGAAAUCAUUUAGCAUGAUAUCGAUAUUACAUCGAUAAUAUCGCCCAGCCCUAGUACCGUGAUACCAUGAUAUAUAUAUAUUUUUUGCCUACGUUAUCAUACCAUGCAAAUUUCAAACCGUAACACCCCUAAAGCGCAAAAAAAAAAAAAAAAAAAAAAAAGUGUGUUUUCCGUGUGCUUCUCAUGCUGUGGGAUUUUAUCUGUUGUGUAAUUCUUGUAUAUACUUCAUGUCCUUAUUUAUUUGUACGUGUAUUUGCUACAACUGUGUAAUAUUGGUGUGUGUAUAUGUAUGUAUGUGUGUGUGUGUCUCUUGUGCAUGUGAGAGAGAGAAAGAGAAAGAGAGAGUGAGAAUGUAUCGUGUAUUCCUCCCAUCAUAAACAUCCUCAUGAGGAGUUUUGUAUAAAAUAGAUUUGUAAAUUCCCAUGGAUUUAAAAAGUGUACUGUACAUAUUUUUUAUUAUUAAAAAAAAAAAAAAUCCCCACACCCUAUCCGUAUUGUCCCUCGGCAGAUAUUAUUGCUUUUUAUUGAAAGUGAUACAAGCGAUGAACUGAAAUGCUUUCACUUGACUAGCGUCUAUUAAAAAAAAAAAAAAAAAAGUUCCUUACACCUGGAAUCCAUAACCCAUCAGAACAGUGUUCGGAAUUGGCACACGGAGAUACUGCAUUCUUCUACGAUAAAGGCAAGCCGUCGUUCCAAGCCAAGCUAAAAUCCCAUCAUGGCUAACACAUUGCGCUAUCUGUUCUCUAUAUAAUGAUCUCACUUGGGUUACACACACACACAA